CCAUAAAAUUUUCCGUAGUCCUCAAUGAUUUCUAUUUACCAACGAAAAUAAACAAUAGAAAUUAACUUACCUCACUAUCACUACUACAAUUACAUCUCUAAGGUUAAAAAUGAACAAAUUAAUCCUAUCAAGAGCAUAUUUGGGUCUCAUACGAAGAAGUAUGAGUGCCCAAACCCCGGCGCCCUCAGAAGGGUCCGCAGCAGCUCGUGAUAACAUGGCUCCAAAGUACAGACCUACGGAGCUACAAAAAACUAUCUUAGUCUGGACCAAGAAGUAUAAAUCUAAGGAGGAAAUACCCAAAUUUGUGUCCCCAGAACUGAUUGAGAGGAGCCGUAGUGAAGCUCGGAUUAAAAUCUCCAAUGUAUUGAUGUUGCUGACUGUACUGGGGAGCAUUGCUGCCAUUUUCCUUGGCAAAUCAGCAGCCAAGAGAGGUGAAUCCAUUCACAAAAUGAACCAAGACUUCCACAAACAGUAUAGGGAGAACUUUGAGAAGACACAUUCUGAAACUAAGUAAAAGCCAUAAAACUAUAAUUUGAUGUCUCAUUGCACAUAAGUAAAAUAUUUAUUUUUCUGAUGUAAAAAUGUAUUAGUAAGUAAACUUUGUUAAUGUAUAGAAAUUGUAUUUAAUAAAUCAUUAAUGUUUUUUA